AUGAAGCGCGCUCUAAUAACAUCUUGUCAACGGGCAAAUGCAACAAGAAAAUACUUUCACUCAAUCGCCCCACGCGCUUCACCAAACGCAGCCGACGCCUCGAAACCCCAGCCAACGAGUCAAGCCCAAUCAAGAACGAUUGAUGAGUCAAGCAAAGAAGCUUCAACGACCAAGAUGGCGCCUCGAAAGAAGACGAGUGCAGAACUUGAUCAGGAAUUGAGGGAGAAAUUAGAGGGUAUGUCUGGGGAUGGAGGAGGUGCUGGAGUAGAGUAUGAGAAUGGCAGGGCGGAGGGAUUGAAGCGAGGCGUCAAAUCGAACAUGUUUCGAGUUAUAUGA